AUGGCCACACCAGAAAUCAGGCAUCGCCAGUUCACUCGAGUCUCUAACCCAGACACAGAUACCUUGAUAACGAUCCAGCAGCAGCAGCAGAUGCUGAAAGACAGAUUUGGACAAUUCCUGCAGCAGGACUCACAUUGGACGCUCAAUACACUUGAUGGGGUACUUUCCUACUACUUCAAGUUGUGUAAUACCCCUGCCAAAUGCAAUCUGAGCAUGUUCAUGAUUGCAGAUGGCAAUUGCUGGUUCAAUCCCCACUGCCGUAUAUUCGGAGUAGUGGACUUCAAGACCCAAACAAAUGAUGUAAUCUUCAUAGUGGGGUCAGACGAGGUGCACAGUCCGGAUCGCUUCCUGCAAAUUGCCUCGUGGAAUGGAAAGGCCUUUUAUUACUACGCUGUUGAAGAUAUUAACGGUAAUCCAAAGAACAGAAAAUGGACGUAUCAAGCAAACUCGUUCAAUGCGUUCACAGAUGAAUCAGAUUACGACAUGUCGUAUCUUGGUCCCUUCCAUGGUCAUGUUAAUGGAGCAUGCAUUAUGAAAGAGAUUCAUAGGCCUUGGUACCACUGGAAGUCACGCGGGACCGACAUAACGCAAUGCCUGAGUGAUGAGCAGCUGAAGCUUUUCACAGAACUCGACUAUCUCACCCCCGCGCAAUGGAAUCCCCUAGGUGGACUAGGGAGUGCCGAGCAGCUCGAGCAAGACAUUAUAACGGGUUUGAUCUACAGCUGGUUUCAGCAGCGCUGUGAGAAUGACUUCAAAAAGACUGAUGGACAGUAUAAGCCGGAGCCAGCCAAUGUUCAUCGCUGGAUGGCUCAUUUGCUCCUCACGACCACCAUUAAUAUCGCGACCGUUCUAAAGUGGUUGCCUUUGCCACCACAGAAGAUAACAAAGUCUAACCAGCAGGGAGCUUGCCUUUACGAGCCCCCCCUUGAUCUAUUUAUGAACUCUGAGCUCUUGCUCCAGGACACAUUCUCAGAUUUCAACCGUCCCCUAGCCGACUUCUCGCCCGAGUUAAGGUAUGACGACUAUCAAAGCGCCAUUAAGAACUGGCGCCUGAGUCUGUUGCAGGAAUGGCCUUCCGAAGCUCCAGCACCAAGCAGCGUGCCAUUGGUGAAACUUCACGAGGGUACUCUGGGGCGCGGCAAGCAGACAAAUUCGUACGACGUCCGAAAUUUCCUGCUAGUCCAGGAUAACGAGGCCAAAGAUAUCUACUUUACCACCUGGCAGACCUCUGUCGAAGAUGCAACGGGUGUUAUGAAUCUACCCAACACUCUACUGGCGUCAUGGUGUGUUCAUGUAGUAUCUCCCUCGCACCAAAAACUGGUCAACGGGAAAUACGACAUGGAAGCAGCCUUUGUGGCGAACAUUCGCGCCUCCUGCCACUCACCUGAGACCGAUUCACCCGAAUUCCAAUUCCUUGCUGUAUACGACGAACGCUCGUCACCGUCACCGGACACGGUCAAGUCCCGAUUCAAAUCCUAUUCAAACAAGGUUGAGUACCAUAUCAAUACACCCCGGGGGCUGGCCGAUUACAUGAAGUUGGCCGAGUCCCGCCGUCGCAUCUACCGUCCGCUGCCGCUUGAGGAAUUUCGCCUAACCCGACCGUACGCGCUGGGGCUUUCGCCGACAUGGCCACUUGUGGAGAUGACCGAACAUGCGACGGUAACGCCGAUCCCUCCGGGAGGGCUCAAUUUCUUGAAUUGUUGGACGGGCACUUUGCAUGGGUUCGAUCCGAAGUUACUGCCCCAGGAUGGCUGCUAUGCUCAAGCGAGAGGUGGGCGGUGUCCUCGGAAGUAG